AUGUCCGCCAAGCCAAGAAAACAAACUGGCAGUUUUGUCAAUGAUCCCUCCGCCAUCAAUCUCAUACAACUCAGUCCACGCACUGAAUUGUUUCCGAAUGAACGCAGCCCAUAUACCAUGGCGAAUCACAGUUCCAAAACCAACUUCAUCGGUGAUUCCGUUAUGCCAGAAGGUCCGCGUGCGGUUGCGGUAAGCGAAACAGGCGAGAAGCAUUCGAUUCACCUGGAAGAGGAUAAUAUGACAUCAAAUUUGAAUCCCUUUGCUGUAUCAUUACAAGGUUCGCAAGUUUUCACAAUGCCUAUGAACACCGCUUCCUCAGCGAAAUUGUCUGGUUGUGGAAACGAUUCUAACAGACUCAUCACUACAAAGCGAUCCAAAGUUUCUCGUCGUCAUUCUAACCAGAAGACUCGACCAAUUUUUACACCACGCAACAUAGAGAAAAUUCCAUCGCGUUUCUUCAACGACGAGGCGACGAAAGCCAAAACCGUGUCGCCACAAACGAAUGCGCAAACCCAAACAGAAGUACACACCAGUAGUUCCGCCCUAGCGCCACGCCCAUAUCAACCGCCACCGUUGGUGCCUCCGCUCCAGAUCCCACGUCGUUAUGUGCCUCGAGAAACAGUCGGCGAUACGUUGGACAGUUCACGCCGCCAACCAUUGAGAGUAUUGCCGCGUGAGAAGAAACCUUUUAAAAACUAUUCGGAGUUGCGCAACAUUGCAUCUGCACUCACGCUGAUUACUGUCGUUUCGUGGCUUUUUUCGAUCUUUUUCGAAUUGGAGGGCAUGUUUGAUAUCGUGGGUGCUAUAAUACGUCUGCUGACCAACUGGUAUAACAAAGAAGAACCACAAAUGACGAGAAUGGAAUUGUUUGUGCAGUUUGCGCGGAAUUUAUGGUAGCAAAUAUUUGAUCGGAUGAUUGUAGGUCGCGGCGGGUGCGAUUUAUUAUUUAUUUCGAUUUUUUGAAAUUUACAAACGAAAUGUUAAUACACGUCCUUUUUUAGAAAUCCGCUAUAGCAUCGAAAUGAGAUUUUUCUACAACUUAUAUAGACAAAUCCCGCCAAUCCUAUGUGUGGUGUCAAGUGAGGAUAACUUCAAUACAAUCUACGGUGUGCCUAUUCUCGAUACUCUACGAACAUCCAAGAACAUUUUAUUUUAGUAAAGAGAACUUCUAGAUAUUAUUUGUAAAGCUGCCAUAUCAAGCUGAAGCUAUCCGAAUAUUUUUAUUUAGCUCUAAAACCGUUAAAAAUCAAAAAAACUUCGCCAA